AUGAAGAUUAUUAACAAUGGCAAUCAUGUUGUCUCUACAACUGAGUCUUCCGAACAGACCGCUCUGCAGCCUGCUAAAACUUCUGAAACUGCAGUGCUGGUCCACCGAGGGCCUCUGAAACAGUAUGCAGACGGCCAUGCGAUGAGUGGCCGGUUGCGCCUCCAGGUCCCUCGUUUCACGUUAUGUACACACGCAGAUACCGUCGGAGCCCAGGCCACGGCGUUAGCUCAAACGGAAAAACUCACCGUUUUUGGAAUGGAGGAUAUGCUGGAGUUUUGUCCUCAGAGGAUAUCCCAGAGUCCCUGCCUACUCGACUGUACGGCGUUGCUCUGCCAACUUUGGAUUCAGUGUUUUAAGCGUCGCGAGCCGGUGUCAACGAUGUUUGGAAGUAAGGCGUAUGGCAAGGCGAUCCGGAGUCUGAAGCGUGCUGUGGCCGGCGACCAAUUGUACACAGUCGAGACUCUGGGCGCCAUGAUGCUCUUUUACAGAUUCAUGCGUUUUUCCGGGCUCUACUCGCCUGCUGAGCUGCUGCCACAUCAGCUUGGGAUACGACGGGUAAUCAAACAGAUUGGAAACCCAGACAUGAAAGAUGAGCUUCACUUUGAAGUAGUCGGCGCGCAUCUCUUUAUCAUGUAUGAAGUGAUAAUGUAUCAUCCUGAAUUAAUGUAUACGGAGCAGGAUUAUCUUAUCCAACCUCAGGAUAUUUUCAAUGACCUCGAUCUUUGGGCGAGUCGUUAUUCGGUUGGUGGCGAUGGCCAACAGGAAGAACCAGACGAUGCAGACGCCGGAACAGACGAUGACGACUCUGGAACAGACGAUGAAGAAUUCGGAACAGACGAGGACGACGCUGGAAUAGAUGAUGACGAGGACACUUUGCUACAGAUUUUAGGCCACGUCUUCCACUCAAACCUCUUCCGCUACUACAGGAGCUGGCUCCCAAAGCUAAUUGAGAUUCGACAAGACCCUUCCAGAAUGGAGACUAGAAGAAUCACAUUUUGUCAAAAGCUGGCGAGGGUUAUACGGAAACUGGAGGCAACUAAAAUAUGGCAGAGGUAUAUGAAGUUGGGUUGCAUUACUGAAUGCCUCGCUCCCGAUUUCUUCCUCGGUUAUCGAUUCGAGUUUGCAUCGUUUCACAUAGCUCAACUAACCAUCCAGGUGAUCAUGACCGAGGUGAUACUCCUUCGGGCUCACUAUGAUCUCGGAUCGUUGGGCUCUGCUCCAGAUGGGGAUGUGUACAAAAGAUAUCUUGAUGCAUGCGCUCGCGGCUGGCUGUGCCUACCGUAUUUGCACACGUUAGACGCACUAUCCACGCCGGAACUCCUCAAGCCGCUUCUGGUUACAUUGGAGCCUGCGAGUAUUGAGCAGCUUAGUCAUAUGCUCUGUCUGGAUCUCAACUGGGAGGCGUGCGGGCUGAAAAAUCCCAAGGACACUGAAGGCUCCAAAGCAUGGAUUCACCAGAUGGCGAAAAGAAUGACCGGGCGAAUGCCACAGCCAAAAAAGACAGACUCAUCAGAUGACAGCUAG